AUGACAGAGUCAAAGGAAUUGUUCGUUUCACCAAUCUCCCAGCCAAUGGCUGACAAGAAGCUCACAGAGAAGGUUCUCAAGCUCGUCAAGAAGGCCUCAGGUGACAAGAAGGUCCGUCGUGGUGUCAAGGAGGUCGUCAAGGCUGUCAGAAAGUCACCAAAGGAGAUGAAGCUUAACAAGAACAAGAUCUGUGUCAUUGCUGGAGACGUUUCACCAAUCGAUGUCAUCUCUCAUAUCCCAAUCAUGUGUGAGGAGAAGAAUAUCAAGUAUAUCUACGUUCCAUCAAAGGAGGAGCUGGGCACUGCCAGCGCCACCAAGAGACCAACCAGUAUCACCCUGGUCGAUCUGGACGACGAGUCCGAGCACAAGACUCUGCUGCAAGAGUGCGCAGAGAAGAUUCCAGCCCUUACUCAU